GCUGGGUUGAGGAGAUGGAGAAAGCUGGUGGAAGAGAGCCCAUCGCUGUGUCCACGGUGGAGAGUGGCGUAGAGAACCCGGGGCUGGAGCUCACGGAAGAAGUGGCAGAGCCUGAGGGGAGCAGGAGGACUGAAGCUCAAGAACACAGCCUUGGGGAUGGGCUGGGCCUGCCCCCUCGCCAGAGGAGGAUUCUACAGCCUUUCACCAAGGCAAGAAGUUUUUGCAAAACACAUGCCAGCUUGUUCAAGAAGAUCCUCUUGGGCCUGUUGUGUUUGGCCUAUGCUGCCUACUUCCUGGCAGCUUGCAUCUUGGAUUUCCAGAGGGCACUGGCCUUGUUUGUCAUCACUUGUUUGGUGAUCUUCAUCCUGGUUCACCACUUGCUGAAAAAACUCUUUGGCAACAAAUUAAUAAGAUAUCUGGAGCCCUUUAAAAACUCCUGCCUGAGGGCUUGGAUGAAAUGGGCGGUUGCAGGAAUCUCCUUGGUUGGCCUUAUACUGUGGUUGGCUCUUGACACAGCCCAAAGGCCAGAGCAGCUGAUCUCCUUUGCAGGAAUCUGCAUGUUCAUCCUCAUCCUCUUUGCCUGCUCCAAACACCACAGAGCAGUAAACUGGAGGACAGUGUUUUGGGGCCUGGGUCUUCAGUUUGUCUUUGGGAUCUUGGUCAUCAGAACUGAUCCUGGAUUUAAUGCAUUUCAGUGGCUGGGAGAGCAGAUCCAGAUUUUCCUGAACUACACUGUGGCUGGCUCCAGUUUUGUCUUUGGGGAUGUGCUGGUCAAGGAUAUCUUUGCUUUUCAGUCCUUGCCAAUCAUCCUUUUCUUUGGAUGUGUGAUGUCCAUUCUCUACUACCUGGGUCUCGUGCAGUGGGUAGUCCAGAAGAUUGCAUGGUUUUUGCAAAUCACCAUGGGCACUACUGCCACGGAGACUCUGGCUGUGGCAGGAAACAUCUUUGUGGGUAUGACAGAGGCACCUCUGCUCAUCCGUCCCUACCUUGCAGACAUGACCUACUCUGAAAUCCAUGCGGUGAUGACUGGAGGGUUUGCCACCAUUUCAGGCUCUGUGUUGGGGGCCUUCAUAUCCUUCGGGAUCGACGCGUCAUCCUUGAUUUCUGCCUCUGUGAUGGCCGCCCCUUGUACUCUCGCCUUGUCAAAGCUAGUAUAUCCAGAAGUGGAAGAGUCCAAGUUCAAGAGUGAGGAGGGGGUAAAACUGCCUCCUGGGAAGGAGAAGAAUGUCCUGGAAGCUGCCAGCAGUGGAGCCAUAGAGGCCAUCGGCCUGGCUGCUAAUGUAGCAGCCAACCUGAUCGCAUUUUUGGCAGUGUUGGCCUUCGUCAACGCUGCCCUCUCCUGGCUGGGGGAAUUGGUGGAUAUACAGGGGCUCACUUUCCAGGUCAUCUGCUCCUAUGUCCUAAGGCCCCUGGUUUUCAUGAUGGGAGUGGAGUGGACAGACUGUCCAAUGGUGGCUGAGAUGGUGGGAAUCAAGUUCUUCACAAAUGAGUUUGUGGCCUAUCAGCAACUGUCUCAGUAUAAGAACAAACGUCUUUCUGGAGUGGAAGAGUGGAUUGGGGAUGAGAAACAGUGGAUUUCUGUGAGAGCUGAAAUCAUCACAACAUAUUCCCUCUGUGGAUUUGCCAAUCUUAGUUCCAUAGGAAUCACACUAGGAGGCCUGACCUCCAUGGUACCUCACCGGAAGAGUGACUUUUCCAAGGUUGUGGUCAGGGCCCUCUUCACAGGGGUCUGUGUAUCCCUCGUCAGUGCCUGUGUGGCAGGAAUCCUCUAUGUCCCCAGGGGAGCUGAAACUGACUGUGUUUCCUUCCUAAACACAAGUUUCACCAAUAGAACCUAUGAGACCUACGUGUGCUGCACAGGGCUCUUUCAGAGUACUUCUCUGAAUGGCACCAACCCUCCUUCUUUUUCCGGUCCCUGGGAAGACAAGGAGUUCAGUGCCAUGGCCCUUGCUAACUGCUGUGGAUUCUACACCAAUGCUGUUUGUGCCUAAGGCUGCUUGGUCCAUUGCCAUAAUAGUUUCGAUUUUAACAGCUUUUUGAUGGCAAAGAUGUUUACGUACUCAGGGUUCCCAC